UAAAGAAUAAAAUUACUUUUUGCGUAAAUACGCUAAAAAAUUGGAAAACUGCCCACAAGACAGUAUCUUGAGAAAGCUUCUUAACGAAAGAUUUUGACAUUCGUUGAGUUGGUUUCGCUCCAAAUAGCCUCCUCACAUACGCUUUAUAUAAAUUAUAAUUCAUUUUGUCUGGUAACUCCCGUUCAUCUCAGCUCAUUUGUGGUUACUGUUAUUCGACAAACUUCGUCGAGUUCAGUUUUGAAUGCUUUCCCGAACAAUUAAGAUUCAAUUACAAAUUCGCAAAUAAGGCGGACAUUUCCCAAUCCCGAAUUGCUUAUAAAAUAAUAAAAGUGUGUAUAGUAUAUAUGAACGUAUGUAUCGGAGUUUUAUGAACAAGCAAUUAGGCGUUUUGCUUCGCAGAAUGAGUUAAAUGAAAGUACAUAAAAUUUUUCUACAUGCUCACCAGCUGUUUAGCCAUUGCUUCAAKCACGAACAACUCGAGUAUAGCUGCAAAUGAUGUUUUCGCCGGUAUUCAUUCUAAUCUAGAUGAUGACAUUUUUCGUACUGACUUUGCAAAUUCUUUGGAGGCAAACACAUAUACAUUUCAAAGAGUAUCGAUGACGAAGCAACUAUCUACCAGUUCUCCUACAACAAAUGGUGAUCGAAACGCCAGUAACUUUGUUUUAGCCCCUUUGGCCCCACUGGCUAAUAAUGAUACAACACUACGGGGUAAAACCGAUUCGACUGGCACUGAGGCGGAUAUUUGUAAUACUGCAAAAGCACCGCAAAAAAGUAACAGUAAUUAUUUAACUUUACUACCAAAGUCACAAGCUGCAAGCAGCUUGRCCUCAAUCAAUUCAGGAAAUGAUGAAGCUUCUUCAAAAAAGACAGUGGAUGAUACUAAUGGUCGUUCAGCAGCGCUGGAACGUGCCUACGUUCAUGACGUCUAUGAGAAUUGUGAUGAACCAUCCGGCGCUAUUCGACCACGAAUAGCACAAUUUCUAAAUAAUUUAGAUYCUGGUGCCGUGGUGUGUGAUGUCGGCUGCGGUAAUGGUCGUUAUCUUGCUCAUGGAAAUCGUUCUAUUUGUACAGUUGGAGUGGAUCGUUGUUAUCGAUUGAGCAAAGUGGCACGAGAAAAGGGAGGAGAGGUUAUAAUGUGCGAUAAUUURGAGCUACCAUUUAGAGAUAAUUCAUUUGAUGCAGUUCUUUCGUUGGCUGUUGUUCAUCAUUUUGCUACCACUGAGCGUCGAGUAAACGCUCUCCGAGAGCUGGCACGUGUAUUACGCAUUGGUGGCCGUGUUAUUAUAACGGUAUGGGCACUUGAACAGAGACACCGUCGUUUUGAGUCACAAGAUGUUCUCAUUCCAUGGCAGCCUCCCAAAAUUCGAAAUAUGAGCUGUUCGGACGAAGAGGAUGAUGAAAGCUUCUUACCACCUUACCAUGCUUACACGGAGGACUCAACAAACUCAAGUCGCUCAGCUGGUGAUGGCGAUAGCUCAAGUUUAUCCUCAUCAUCUCCUGGUGAAUCCUGCUACAGUUUUGUUCGACGUGCUAUUCAAAAACUUGCUGCUGGUCGCAAGCAUCCUUGGUUUUUGGACUCGUGGGCAUCAAAAGAAACCAAAAAUGAUAGUAGUCUUGACUUCGAAGACGUUAAAGACUUACCAAUCGAACUUCGCCGACUUGAAGACUUCGAAGAUUUUUACGAUCCUCCACUUUCUGCAGGAUUGAAAUCUCGUAGCCUUGGUAGCAUUCUUAAUCCACCUCCUCGCCAAAUUGUGCGUUCGCGAUCCAGUGUACCUAGCUUGGGCGGUACUCUAUUUCAUUUGGAUAUGAGUAACAAAUCUGGAAUACCUGUAUCAACCUAUUCAAUGCAAAAUAGUCAACAUUUUCAUUCCAAGGAUUUAAGUGUAGCACCAGUUAUUGCCACCAAAACCAAUGUAUCUCCCACAAAAUCCAUGAAUGCAGUAAUUUUGAAAAAUAUAAAUAACAGCACUCCACUAGGUCGACGUCCAAAGUUGAUAAAACAAAAACAAUCUUUUUGUGAUGAAGAAUGCCAACUGCCAGAAAAUUCUUUUCAUAUAAAAAGUACAUAUAAUAAUCAUAGUGCCAGUAAUAGUUUGUAUUUACGUAAUCGCUGCUACUUCAACGGUAAUAAUAUUAACAUUAACUCUCAAACUGUAGGAAAAAUGCCYCUUAUGGAUAAUUUGCACCAUCAAUCUCCCCUUACCGCACGUCAAAUGAUGCAAGCAAGUAUCUUUUUACGCAAACAAAGUUCAUUGAAUGAGGAACUUAUGGCCGUAAACCGAUUGCGUGAAAAAGAGGGAGUUCGGAAACGCAUUCAAAAACAGACGUCGUUAAAUGAAGCCUUUCUCUGUCAAUCAACUACGCUUUCUAAAAAAUUUCAUAUCAUCAGAGAGAACUUCACCAAGAAAGUGAAAACUUCAACAGGCAGCUUUGAGMGGGUCACAAAAACUGGAUUAAACAAAUUAGUACAGAACUUUUCGUCUUAUAUAUCACCAAGCACAAUUAAUUCCGAUCUGAUGGAAAAAGUAGUCAGCGAGAGUCAAGAAAACAGUGCCGAACAGUCACAGUCAAACGUUCCAAAAUGCAAUAAAUAUCACCAUCAUCAUCAUUAUCAGUAUGCUCAGCAGCAGCAAUCUUUAAAUCUCCAAAAUUACCAAUGUCAAUCACGUACCUUCAUAAACACCCACGAAACAGGUUCACAGGCAUCACAUUAUCAAAAACAAUUGUCGGUCGGUAGUGUAGUCAACAAAUACGCUGGUCCAGUCACAUAUUGCAACAAUGCUGAGUGUUCUAACUCGGGCUGUUAUUGCAGUACAUACCACUAUGUGGGUUGUAAUACAUUUUGCACUACUAACGAUGGUUUUGAAAAUAGGGAUGGGGAGUCACGUCGACACUCUAAAGAGUCCGGUUCAGAUUCUUCUAAGGACAGCAGCUUACAGUCGGAUACAAGUAUCGAGUCUGAAGAUAGUUUUGCUUCAGUUAUUUUCAUACCGAAGCCAGAACAGCAACAACAGCAACUUAACUAUCACCAAAGCUCAAAUUCAAGUUCAAGUAAUUCGUCGUCCAGUAACGGUGGAGGGGGAUGUCGCACUUACGGUAGUUGUUGCCAACACCAAAAUGACACGUGUAAAMUUCAAAACAAUGACAAUACCGCGAACUGUUUAACAUGUCUAAAGCAUCUGCAACAGCCGCACCAUCAAAGAUUGUCCUCUGUACCCACUUCACCUAUGAUUUUGGCAUGUCCUCCAACGCCAGCGCACUCUCCUGCUACUACACAAGCUGUAAUAACAUCGCCUCCAAGGACAGUUGCAACUGUGACGGCAGCUAUGGCAAUGCUUACUCCACCUUCAGACAAUAAAAAUGGAAGCUUAGAUGAAAAUUCAAUAGCAUUUUCCAAAAUUAAUAUGAAGAAUAUUAAGGAUCGAUUCGAUUUUGAUGAGGAUCUUAUCAAACAACACGAAAGGGAUACAGCUCAACAUCAGCAGGAAGAUAUGGAAUGUAAAAUAACACGGAAUAUUAUAAAGAACUUACCUCCUAUACCUAAAUUUCGUAAACAAUCCUUACAACCAAUACGUCAAAGUUUUCCAAUCAUACGACGGUCAUCUGCAACAUCUAGUUCAUCUAUACCAAAUAUGCCAAAACUAAUGUCUCUAGAACUUUUCAAUCCGGCUACUGACGAUCUAGAUAGCGAUUCGAGCGAGGCAUCCACUCCAAACUCAAUUGAUAGUGUUAUUAGUACUGGAAAAUCGAAUUCUACGACAACGACCAUAGAGCAAAGUGAAAAUAUGAAAUCGUCACCUACUUUUGAACAAGAUGGGAACGAUGGUUUACUUUUUGAGCGUACUAUUAAGACAAAAAAACAACAAUAUCAUGAUGAGCAACUGAAGACCAAUAACGAUAUUCCACACAACAUAUUUCUAAAUGAAGAGGACAGUUGUCCUAUACCACCSAACAAAGGGAACAUUAACCUAAGCACGAAUUCACUACAAAGGAAGGAACAAGGUUUUGUUGGGUUUGCUGAACAGCUCAAUAUACAGUUGAUGCGAAAAAUUGACGACAAAAACGAUGUUGAUGAAUGCGUAAGUUUAGAAAUUACGAGCGAAUAUGGGGAUCCUUCAGAUGCACACAUUAAUGUAAAUAGGAAGCGCAGCAAUGAGUUGCGAGAUUUGUCAGCAAUUCGUGAGGAACUUCGAGAACGACGUUUAAUGCUCGCUAAUCUGUCUACGCAGCCAAGCUUACAACAAUCGCCAACUUCUUCUACAUCGUCUYUAUCUUCACAGACACGUAGUUUUACAAUUCAUGAGGAAAACGAAGAAGAAAGUGAUGAACGAAGUUACUCUCUGCAACUCUAUGAAAACUGUAAAAUAUCCAAAAUUAAUUAUAAACGUAAUCGCCCAUACAAUUUGAAUCCAGAAACCGCUUAUCUGUUGCAAGACGAAGGUGAUAUCUUUGAUGAAGAAGAAGAAAAUGAGCUUGGUCACUUGUCUAAACAUCAUCACUCGAUUGGUCAAGAAACUCAGUAUCAACCCAAAGAUGAGUUCCAAGUAUAUCCUAAAGCCAUAGAAAGGGCUCCCAGAUGUGAUACUAUAGGAUUGGAAGUGGCAGCUGAGAAGGAAGGCUAUUUCGAAAUUAAAGUUCAACAUGAAAGCAAAGAAACCGAAAAAUCUCUCCAAAAUCGACAAUCAACAGAAUCAUGGGGCAAUUCUAAUAGCUCUGCCGGUUCGCUUGAAAGUCCUUCUCAAGGAGGAUCGACAACACACCACCGUUAUUAUCAUGUUUUUCGCGAGGGAGAGCUUGAUGCAUUAAUCAACCACCAUGUAGCUAGUCUACAUAUAGUCUCCUCAUACUAUGAACGUUCUAGUUGGUGUGUAGUUGCUGAAAAAGUUCAGGUCUGGACUAUCUAAAUAAGAUAUAAAAAAUCAUAUAAAAUGAAAAUAGAAAAGUAUAGUAAAUAACCCCGGGCCAACUAAUCACCUUCAAAAAUUGCGUCUCUUUACUCGUGCAUAAAACUUCAUAUGUAUAUGUGAAAAAGGAAUUGCUAGUGUGUUCACACGAUCUAGUUCUAACUCAGCAUAGAUUCUAAUGCUUAGCAUAAACUCCUGAGCUUACAUCGAACGAAAUAGUCGCAACGAAUAUUUAUAUUUAAUAAGUAGAUAUUCGUAGCUCAUUGCUUAAUAUAUUCCCAUCAUAAAUAUGGGUGUACUUAUUUAUGUAAAUACGAAUGCUUAAGUUUAUUUUGGUAUUAAUGAAUUCAUAGAUAUUUUACGUUUAACUCGAACGCAGCUUUUCAUUAAAGCAACGAUUAAUUAUUAAGCUAGUGAGCAAAUUCUUAACGAAUAUGAAAUAUGUAAAUACAUGAAAGAUGUAGAAGGUGUAACUUUUUAUGAAAGCCUCUAUUUACUUUUGCAUAUAAAUUUACCUAAUAUAAGAUUAUUUUUAAUUGCGAUAGGCGUGAUUAUUUUUCACAAUCAUUUGCAUUACGAGUUCAUAUUUAAUCUUGAUUACUUCAUUGUAGUUUCCCAUCCAAUUCAUGGCGUUGUGUCUAGAAGUUUGUCCAUAUUAAAAAGAAAAAGUAACAGUCUUACUAGCUUUGCAAUUUAAAACGCACKUUAAUUUAUAAAAUACUUGUUUUUAUCAAAAAAAAUCAUAAAAUUAUAAGGGUUUCAAAAUAUUUCAAACAAAACUUGAUUGCUCAUGAAAACUGGAAAAGCUUUAUCUUACAAUCAUAGUACUUAAAAAUAAUUUUUUUUUUUUAAAUAUUUGUAGUCUCUGAUUCUUCUCUGCAUAAUGUAAAAUUKGCACAGCCUUUUUAACCCGUUUUCAUAAAGUCGCAAGUUAUAUUUCUAAUUUCGAUAAAGGGUUUACCGUCUUUGGGAAAAAAUUGCAUACAAGUUUUGUUCAUCUAACGAUUGUUUGUAAGACCAACAACUAAUUGGGAUUUAGAGUUGUAAUAUAUAAUAUAAA